CCCACAGCCUGUGGAGCCCAAGUUCCCCUCCAGGCCUGACCACAGUUCUGUCACCCAUGGCUUCCUGUUGGGGUGUCAUUGGCCCCACCCCACAGCUGGGCAUUUCCUUCACUGGCACAGGGCCCUGGACCAGCUCUGCCCUGUGAGAAGUGAAUAUGCUGCCCCUACUGCUGCUGCCCCUGCUGUGGGGAGGUUCCCUGCAGAAGCAGCAGCAGCAGCAGCAGCGAGCCAAUGAUAUCAAGCUGCAGGAAUCUGUGAGGGUCCAGGAGGGUGGAUGCACCGACGUGCCCUGCUCCUUCCCCUCUAUUUGGAUAUCAUUGCAUCCCUCUGAUAAAAUCUACAUCCACUGGUACCACAGUGGUCACCAUUUACAUAGCUCUGAAGUUGUGGCUACGAAUGACCCAAAUACACCAGUGAAGAUGGAGACACAGCGCCGAUUCUUCCUCAUGGAUCCCAGCGCCAACAACUGUUCCCUGAGCAUCAGAGACGCCAGGAAGAGUGACGCAGGAACGUACAUCUUACGAGUGCAGAGACAAUAUACUCACCUUAAUGAUUACCAACAGAAGAAGCUGAUUUUGCAGGUGACAGACCUGACACAGAAACCUGACAUCCACUUCAGGGGGCCUCUGGAGUCUGGCCGCCCCACACAGCUGAGCUGCAGCCUGCCAGUGUCCUGCAAAGGGGGAAGUCCUCUCAUCUUCUCAUGGGUGGGGAGUGCUCUGGACUCUCUGAAUCCCAAGACCCUUCACUCCUCUGUGCUCACCUUCACUCCGAAGCCCAGGGACCACGGCACCACAGUCACCUGUCUGGUGACACUUGCAGGACCUGGGGUGACCACACAGAAAACCAUUCAGCUCAAUGUCUCCUAUGCCCCAGAGAACCUCACCAUAGGUGUGUCCUUCAGAAAUGUCACAGCCCUCAAGGUUCUGCAAACCACAUCCCUUCCCAUCCUGGAGGGCGAGGGUGUGCAGCUGCUCUGUGUGGCUGACAGCAACCCCCCUGCACAGCUGAGGUGGUUCCGGGGGCCCCCAGCCCUGAAAGCUGCCUUCAUCUCCAGAACCGCAAUCCUGGAGCUGCCUCUUGUGGGGACUGGGGAAGAAGGACAGUUCACCUGCCAAGCUCAGCACCCGCUGGGCUCCAGAAGUAUCUCUCUCAACCUCUCUGUGGUCUACCCCCCACGUCUGCUGGGACCCUCCUGCUCCUGGGACGACCAGAGUCUGCACUGCAGCUGUUCUUCCCAAGCUAGGCCAGCCCCCUUGCUGCGCUGGUGGCUGGGGGAGGGGCUGCUGGAGGGGAACCCCAGCAACACCUCCCACAUGGUAACCUCCAGGUCCUCUGGGCCCUGGGCCAACAGCUCCCUGAGCCUCUCAGUGGGGCUCAGUGCCAGGCUCAGACUCACCUGCGAGGCGAAGAAUGUCCACGGGGCCCAGAGCGCCAGUGUCCUGCUGCUCUUGCCAGAACAGGCAGUAUUCGUGUGCAGAGUGGUUCCCGCUGCUCUUGGAGGUGCUGGUGCCAUGGUGCUCCUGUCCCUAUGCUUGUGUCUCAUCUUCUUUUGCAUAGUGAAAUUCCACAAGAAGCGAAUAGCCAGGGGACAAAAGGUCACAAAUGAUGAAGACCCUGUCAUGGGUACAGUCACCUGGGUGUGUGAUGGUUCCCAGCAAAAUCCACAGCCAGACAGGCCCCCACACCAACUGUCACCCAUGGAAGAUGCUUCUCUAUCAGGAGAGGAGCAGGAUACCCAGUACGCCAACCUCACUUUUCAUGGGAGGAAGCUGUGUGAAGCUCAGAACAAGGAGGCCACCAUCACAUGCAUGUACUCAGAGAUCAAGAAGACCAGCCAAUGAGGACUUGCUCAGAGCUUUGUCCUGGCCAGAAACAUCAUAGCCUCUCUGAGGGAAAGAAGUCAGAGACUAAUUGAUGAAAUAUGAGGAGAUCUUGUGCAACAUUAACAUGAAUCACCGUAAGAGCAUCCACAGGCAGAGCAGAAAGAGGGCUGAAGUGCAGUCUUUGGCACUUCCUAAGGCAUUGUCUUCAAGUGAGUCACUUCAUUUUUUCCCCUCAGUUUCCCUCCUGUACAGCAGAGAUGAUACAUGCUACUCAAAGGCAGCUGUGAGCAUUAAAGAAAUCACAAGCAACAGAGGUCCAGGGCUUGCCUGUCUCUCUUUUUUGAACAGAAAGGUCCUGGUGGCAAGUUCUCCUGAAGUCAGGGGUGACCAGUCAUAGAAAACAGGGUGGCAGCUUGUUGGUGUCAUUUCCAUGCAGAACUCUUCAAAGCCUCCUCAGGGAAAGACACUGGACUUAGCUGGUGUUCCAUUGUAAUGUGGUAUCUUGUAGUUUCUGUGGGGUCAUCUCGCUUCACUUUUGCCUGUACAUUCUUCCAGCAUUUCCUGAGUGCCAGUCCCUUCCCCAUCCCAUAUACAGCCCCACUGGGAUCUUUCCAACAGCCUGUGAACUCAAAACAGGAGCUGACUAGGCAUUUCAUCACCAAAAAGAAUUUUUUCAGAGACAAAGAAAUGGCUGCGAUGCAGCUGGUGUAGCCACAGCUAGCCACAUGCACAACCUGGGCAGGGAAGCAGCAGACAUGAAGCCCUUGUCACAGAGCAGAAGCAGAAGUUUGGGGGAGGGGCUGUUACCACCAUAGAGCUCUGCUGUGACCAUGGAGUGUUUCCAGUAAGGCUGCCAGCACCACAUACGAUGUGACAACAUCACUGAUAGGCCUUCCGAUUCCUGGUGGGGUUAGUCUUCUGCAGUAAAACUGCACACACCAGAGAAGUGACCCCACCUUUCUCUUCCAAAAUCCCCUCCUCACUCCCUGGCCUUAGAUGGAACAUCCCAGGUCUCUUUCCUUGGCACUUACCUUUCACCCACCCUCUCUCCCUGUGGCUUUGUUCCUCCAACUUUGUAUGGUGGUUCCUACAAAAGGCUUAGCAAUUUGAGAUCCCCUUCCUGGAGGCCAUGCUCCUUGGCUUUCAUCAGGCACACCCCACCUGUCCUUCAAAGCUGAGUUCUUGGACAGCCUUGCUUGAGAGGGUGGACUAAAGAAACAGCUCACCAUGUCCAAGACAGAAACACAGAAAUGCUAUCUUGCUGGGGUCUCAGCUUCUUUGGUGGGGAACACUUCCCAUUUCUCUCCAGGAGUCCUUCUCUGGUCUAGUGGUGAGUGGAUGUGUCACCCUGAAAUAGGAGGUACAUUUGUUAUGAUAUUGCUGCUGGAUAUGUCUGUGUCCUUGGUGGGGAGAGCCAGGACUGAAAGAAGGCUCUUUGUUCAGGGACCUUGAUGCUAUACAUGGACAUGUGAAUUGUUGGUUAUAGCUACUAGCAAGACUGAUUCCUUCAGGAACGAGUGUAAUCAGCUAUGAUUUCAUCUUUUUGUGGCUCCAAAGGCCACUUCUUCGUAUUGAUUGUAGACUGAGCAGAUCUUAGAAAGCUUGUCUUCUUUCUUUCCUUGUAUUCUUUUCUUUUGACUUAGAGGAGUGGAAAAUAUCUGCAUGAUUCUACCUAUUAUUCUAAUAAUUUGUUUCUUGUAAAGUUUGUUGAUUUGCAGAUUGGAGAAAUAAAAUUA